UGAGCGAUGAAGUGCGCGGAAGUGCGCAGUCGCGCUGUUUUGGAAUAUAAAGCAGCUCAGAGCGCCUCAGUGUGUCAGUGUGUGAGGUUCAGUCCCAGCCGUGUCACAGCAGCACAGGCCUCCUAGCAGCUUUGUCACAUUCAGUGUGUAACCAAUCAUGGGAAAGGAGAAGCUCCACAUCAACAUUGUGGUCAUUGGCCAUGUUGACUCUGGCAAAUCCACUACAACUGGCCACCUCAUCUACAAGUGUGGUGGAAUUGACAAGAGAACCAUCGAGAAGUUUGAGAAAGAGGCUGCUGAGAUGGGUAAGGGAUCCUUUAAGUAUGCCUGGGUGUUGGAUAAGCUGAAGGCAGAGCGAGAGCGUGGUAUCACCAUUGACAUUUCCCUGUGGAAAUUCGAAACCAGCAAGUACUAUGUCACAAUCAUUGAUGCUCCUGGGCAUAGGGACUUCAUCAAAAACAUGAUUACUGGAACCUCCCAGGCAGACUGUGCUGUCCUGAUAGUAGCAGCUGGUGUCGGUGAGUUCGAAGCUGGUAUCUCAAAGAACGGUCAAACCAGGGAGCAUGCUCUCCUGGCCUAUACAUUGGGUGUGAAACAGCUCAUCGUGGGUGUUAAUAAGAUGGAUUCCACUGAGCCCAACUACAGCCAGAAGCGCUAUGAGGAAAUUGUAAAAGAAGUCAGCACUUAUAUUAAGAAGAUUGGCUACAACCCUGAAACUGUGGCAUUUGUUCCUAUUUCUGGGUGGAACGGUGAUAACAUGUUAGAGGCCAGCCCCAAUAUGAAUUGGUUUAAAGGCUGGAAGAUCACCCGUAAGGAUGGCAGUGUGUCAGGAACUACUCUCCUGGAAGCUCUGGAUGCCAUCCAGUCUCCAACCCGUCCCACCGAUAAACCGCUUCGUCUGCCUCUGCAGGAUGUCUACAAAAUUGGAGGUAUUGGAACUGUCCCUGUGGGUCGUGUGGAGACCGGCAUUCUAAAGCCAGGGAUGGUGGUGACUUUUGCGCCUGUUAAUAUAACUACCGAGGUGAAGUCUGUGGAGAUGCACCACGAGGCUCUGUCUGAAGCCCUGCCAGGGGACAACGUGGGCUUCAACGUCAAAAAUGUCUCGGUGAAGGAUAUCCGCCGUGGGAAUGUUGCUGGGGACAGUAAGAAUGAUCCACCGCAGGAGGCAGCUAGCUUCACUGCUCAAGUGAUUAUCCUGAACCACCCUGGACAGAUCAGUGCCGGUUAUGCCCCAGUGCUGGACUGCCACACUGCACAUAUCGCCUGCAAAUUUGCUGAACUCAAAGAGAAGAUUGACCGCCGCUCUGGAAAGAAACUUGAGGAUAACCCCAAGAGCCUCAAGUCUGGGGAUGCCGCCAUUGUAGACAUGAUUCCUGGGAAACCCAUGUGUGUGGAGAGCUUCUCAGAGUAUCCUCCUCUUGGGCGCUUUGCUGUGCGGGACAUGCGUCAGACCGUGGCAGUUGGAGUGAUCAAGGGAGUCGAGAAAACUCCAACUGGUGGAAAGGUCACCAAAUCUGCUCAAAAGGCACAGAAGGCAAAAUGAAUUUUGUGUUGCACUGCUAACUCCAGUGUCGCAUACAACAGAACAGAGGUCCCCCAAAUCUACCCGAUUGGCUGCUUAAACUCCAUAGUCAUAGAUUGGUUAAUCGUUCCAAUGCAUCGUAAAUCUAUCAGAAGGAAAAAAUAUAAUCUAUAUAUACAGUAUAUAUAUACCAAGACAGGUUGUUUGACUUAAAUGUAUUCAAUUAGAGUAAUUUGUAAUAUUAGAUUCUUACUAUUGGAAUGUGACCUUUUUUUUGGGUUUUGACCAUUCACACUAUUAUGCGAAAUUACUACUCUUGAGAGGAAAUGUUACCAUGACCUCUCCUACUCUGGAGGGCAGUUUUACUUCAGUUCUUACAUGAUUGUCCUGCUUUUAGUGUUUGUUCGCAGAUAAAUGUGUUUUUAGGUUUUGCUGCUUUUAGUAACUUAUGUUACUUCUUGGUCUUUCUGACUAUUUAAGCUUUAAAGCAAUUGGAAAAUAAUCAAUCUUUCCACAUCAGAACAUUUUGGCACUUUUCAUGGCACUUAAAGCACUUGGCGUGAAGCUAGUUUUGCACAGGCACUUAUUAACUUUAAUUGGUUUGAGCAUCUGCACCUUACUGUCUUACUUGUCCUAUUUAAUCAAUCAGGCCAUAUUAAAGAUUCUGCACCCUAACCCUAA